AAUGUAUAUAUUGAAAUUAACCAAAUUCUAAUCUUUCACAUGUUUUUGCCAAGCGAGUGUCAUAUGUCUCAGCGGUCCCUGGGUGGCGGUCAUUUGACACUGAAUGUCAAAAGCCUAUCCUUAUAUCGGGUAAAGUAUUUAUAAUUUAGUGACUUUGGCCCUUUAAAAAGGAGACAUAUAAAGUCCUACGAUAGUUGGCUGCCGGUAUUGACGUUACAGAGUCAUACAGAAUAGCCAAUAGGGCAAUAUGGAGAGGCAACCUACAUGAAUAAUUACUGAUUUUGAGUUAGACAAGCGCGCGACGUAUAAUAUUGUAUAAAUACAGCAUUAAUUCAGGUGUCUGGCCGGCAGAAUGAGCGAAAUGUGGCGCGAUGAAGUUCACGAGAAAGACAGAAAAGAAAAGCUUGCUACGUAUCUGUUUGCCAUGAAAGAAGAUUUAUCGGAAUGGAUCGCUGGACUUAUGAAUAUUACGGUGAAUGCUGAUACAUUUAUGACUUUGUUAGAUAACGGGGUUCAUUUAUGUCGCCUUGCCAAUAUGAUUCAAAAAGCGGCAGAAAAGUACUUGAUCGAGAGCCCAGAUUCUACUCUUAAGUUGCCCAGAUUUGUACCGACUUAUAAAGAACGCGGAGCCACGCAUGGCUCGUUUGUGAGUCGUGAUAAUGUGGCGAACUUUAUUCGUUGGUCUCGAGAAUUGGGCAUACAAGAUGUGAUAAUUUUCGAGUCUGAGGAUUUAGUCUUACAUAAAUUUCAAAAACCUGUGAUUUUGACUCUACUUGAUGUCGCUAGAAGAGCAUCGAAGUUUGAUAUAGAACCGCCUGAUCUGGUUAUUAUGGAGGAACAAAUUGACGAGGAGAUUGCCCUCGAACAACAGGCUAUCGCUCUCGAACAAGCAUGCCAGCAAGCUGUAUCGAUGUCUGAAGUUGAAGUACAUAUAAAUAAUGAUAAUACGAAGCCCGUUGUUUUGAAACCUAAGAAGAAGUGUGCUCCUAAGAAGGUCAAAAAUUUCAUCCCAAAAAAUCUGGACACGUUGGUAAGUUAUAAACCUUCAAAUUUUCAUUGGAUUCAUGACUGUUGUCUUCCCAUUUUUGGUACCGCGGUAAACAAACAGUCAAGAGGUUGGCUGAAGAAUCUAGCUGGCUGAAAAAUAUAAAUACGAGUGUCUGUAAGUUAGAAACGGCGAUAGUACUUUUUAUAUUUUUCUAGUAGCGAGAUCCUCGGCAAAGCUCUUGAACAUACAGUACUUCAUUAAACUCAGUUAUAUGUACACUGAAAUUUCAUGUUAUGGAUUUAACACUCCUGUCUGUGAACAUAGGAUUUUGGAAUGGCAUGUUUAAUAUUAUUACUGGCAAGAAAUUGAAAAUAUUGAGGGUUACAAGUACGAUAUUAUGACAUUUUUCGUGUUAGAGCUCAAAUUAUCAAUUAGAGAAAAUAUCUGUAAUAAAUUAUUACACCAGAAAUGUUCCUUUUGUCUUGUAUUCGAUAAUAUGGGAUAUCUUGUGUUUCCCAUCCGGAAAAACAGCGAAUAUCAAAAGCAUUUUAUUACUUUCCUUUCCUUUCGAAGGAACUGAAUGUCAGCUCAAAAUAUUGAGCAAAGUUUUAGAUUUGCUUUAAAUAAUGAAAACCUAGUCCCAUGACUUGGCCAGUAUUGUAUUACUAGAUCGACCAUUAAAUUAACGAUCUAGAAUUUACUAUGUAUUAAAUGACUAAUGGGAAAAGGAAGGAACUGUCAUUUUAUAAACCCCUGGUUUUAAAUCUUCAAAAUAAGAAACAGAAACUUAAAAAAAUAUAUCACUUUUCAUCAGGAAUGUUUGCUAUAGGUCUAGAACAGUGUUCAUUUUUUUUAACUUUUUUUUUUUGAAAUUCGAGUCGUGUUGUAAUUAUAUAGGAAUUAUUCGAUGUACGUGUUGCGAGCAACUAUAUCGGCCAACGGGAGAACAGCUGUUUAAAACGAGCUAUAUUGUUGUCUGUUGUAUUGUGUGCUUCAUUUCCGUGCGUUUCCCUGUGCUUAUCGUUAUUUCUAUUGAAAAUAUCGCACUACAUUGUCACUUUGUGUUGGGAACAAGUCUUCUACGCGUAGCUUAUUUUUGGAAGUAUAUUUUCGCUGCGGUUUUCUGUGAGCUGGCUUUAUUAUAAAUACUUUAUAGGAUGCCUAUUCUAUAGACUUUACAUGAAAGAUGUCUUGAAUAAGUUAUGCGUAAAUUGCAUUCGAUUGUAUGUAUAUAUUAAUAAUUUUCCUCGAGCUAUUGUAUGGUUAGAAGCGAAGCUUUGUUCACUGCCAUUCAUUGAGCGCAUUUAGUUUAUGAGUUAAAAAUCCCCAACAGCGGUAAAACAAGAACGACUACAGUUUUUGAUUAGUUAGAGCUAAGUUUAAGAUAAUAAUUUCCGCAGGUGGUUUCAAAUUCAUUAACAUGUCUGGCUCGAAAAUAAACGAUUUGUAUGUUGGCUGUCUGUUCGAAAUCUAAAUUUAAACCAAUUGUUGCAAUUUUAAGCUAGCUAUACAGCUACGUUUGUUGGCCAAGAGUUUGACCCAAAUUCUAGUUACUCGUAGGUGGUUUAAAACAUCGGAAUUUAGCAAUUUAAGAUGAUGUAGAUUUGGGAAUGAUGUUGCCUGUUGGGUUCCGCGUCAUAUGAUAUUGAUCUCAAGAGUAAUGCCUUUCAUGCACCUGUAGCCGUCACCCGACGUUCUAUCAUUCCAGCUUAAAAACGCAGUUGUCUGUUCAUAAUUUUACCUCAGUUGCAUGCUGUAAAGGUGUUUCCAGUUUGAAAACAAACUUGUGCUUCAAACAAACUUGGACGCAUGAUGCAACAGCUUGAUAAAUAUAAGCAGACCUUCGACGUUCGUCUGGCUAGUAUAAAUCUCAAGAGCCAAGGCUCAUAAUCUCAUAUCAUCCUGGGAAAAUUCCCAGGAUUAAUUGCCAAGGAAGUAAGCGAUUUCCUGCAUGGCUUUGCUGUUUGAGGAGGAGAAUUUUUGAGCUUAUUUACUUAACAGAAAUCAAAUUCCAAUCUUCUGAGCAAAUUUCUUACAGAAGAUUAGCUGGUUUACCCUAUCGAAGUUUCUGUGAUCACAGUAGGAAUUUUGCAUAGGUAAAUUCUACGUUUUGAAGGAUUUGUAAGAAAUGUUUGAAGGAACUGGUCAACGCAGUGUUAAACAAUAAGUCUUUUCCCUCAAAACAUUCUUACAAAUCAUUCAAAACAUAAAAUUUACCUACACAAAAUUCCUACUUUAAUAGUGUGAACUAGCCUAAAGGCUUAACUAAUAUAAAUCUCGAGUCAUUAAAAUUUUUUCAAGCAUCAGACUUGGCGCCCAGACGUGGGAAUUUAAAAGAGCUAAACAGAUACACAGAAAUAUUUUCAUUUCAAUUUAUUUAUCAGCCGCUAAUCACGUAAUCUUUUAAACAUAUAGUUUUCAAUGAAGAAAUGUCUGGGCCACUUUCCCCGAAAAACGUUAUUUCUUUUGUCGGUUAAUAAAAUGAAAUUGAUAGGUCUAACAGAUGUCCUAUUGCCGAGUGCAAUCAGUGAACUGAUAAAUGAUGCAUGGCGACAAAAAAGCAAUUCAGAACACCCCCUCCCCUCCCCCGCUUGUGAAGUCCAGCACCACCCUAAAAAAAUCUGCUUGACCAUUCAUUUUCUUCUUUUAGCAGAACUUCUACUGUUAGCGCGUGUCUAUUUCUUGAAACGAUUUAAUUGAUUUGUGAGCUCACGAGAAAACACUCAGAACACUUUAGUUAAAUAUCAUGGUUAACUAUAUAAACAUGUCGAGGUUGUUAUACAGCCAUAUUUUGAAAUAUGCUGUACUUGAACAAGCAAAUUUACUGUACUGUGCUACAGCAACUGUCCAGUCGAUAUAAAUUUUAUAAACAAAAGAUAUGUAAAACGUAACAGAACGACGAAUAUGCAGAUUCGGCCAUGUAAAAUAAUGAUAAUGUUGGGAUAGUAGCGUUGCAGACUGCAGAGGAGAGUGGGCAGUAAGGCUCCCUCGUGCACCGUGAAGCGGCUAGAUUUGAAAAGAUAUAAGGCUAGAUCUGCCCCUGAUUGAGAAUGAAUAAUUCUUAUGUGAGUUCUCCUUCAUAUAUUAAACAUUGUUCCCUUCCCUCUUUUACUCAUUUUCCCUAUUGAACGAUUCUUCUUACUUUCCGUCCAAGGUAAAAGAAGUUGUCCAACAGUGUACUUGUGAAGAUUCGUUUCCUGUCGAAAAAAUUGCGGACGGAAAAUAUAAGAUCGGGGAGAACAGAGUGCUCAUUUUCGUUCGAGUCAUGAGAAAUCAUGUUAUGGUCCGUGUCGGUGGGGGCUGGGACACUUUGGAAAAUUACAUUCAAAAACACGACCCUUGCAGAACUGGAGGUAGCUGUAACAGCUGUUUUAAAAUCUCAAUCGUUUCUUAA